AGCACAGGGGACCAGGAAAGGCGUGUUUAUCUGUCAGACAGAAACAGGAAGCAACGAGGAGCAGUGCCACAGUUCAAGGCGAUAGAGGCGGUUUCAUUUUCUUAUAGCAUUUAAACUCGGCACACAAGACAGGCCGACUGGAUUUCACAGCUUGUCAUGGACUUUGUAGAUCCCAUCCUGUCCAUCGCCUCACAGAUCUAUGACCUGGUCGAGAAUGUGAAGGCCAAUAAAAAGCGCUGCCGACGUGUCUGUAACCGAGUCAAAGCCUUGGAGGAGCUGGUGAAGUCCAUCAAACAGACGUCUCCAGGGGUAGAGAAAGCUCUGAGAGAACUCUCCGUCACUCUUCAAUCAGCACAGGAACUUAUCAGAAAAUAUGCCUCAGCCAAUUUGGUGGAACGCAUCCUAAACUCCAGCAACCAUGGAGACGAGUUCAACAGUGUGAACGAACGGCUCAACGAUGCCUUCCAGGUGCUGUCUGGGGCUUUGCAGGUGGAGCAGGGGAACAUGCUGUGUGAGGUAUUUAAACAGACGACCAGAGAGAAAGAAGAUCAGUUGGAUGGGAGGGAGGACGACGCAGAACUGAAGACAUUGCUCCUGGACUACAUGAAGGAUCAGCAAGAGAAAACCAACACCAUGCUGAAACAGUUUGAGCAUCUUAAAGUCAACGUGGAAAAAGUCGUGGAGAUGUUGAAUAAGCCCAGCAUCACUAGUGUGGACAUCCGAAUGAUUAAACCACAGGAGCUAAAGUACAAACAUCCCAAAAAGCCCUUCAUGGAAACAGCAACCUCAGAGGUCUACAAAGGAGAAUAUCGUGGAUUCACAGUUGCCAUCAAGAGAUAUAUCGACCCUGUAAACACCAACCCAGGGUCGGUGCCACAGUUCAGCUGUAAGAUAAAGUUUUUACUGAUUUUUGCAUUUGGACCCAACCCUCAGUUCUUCAUCAUCAUGGAGUACUGCGAGAAAGGAAGUCUUCGUCAGGUUCUGGACUCUGACUGCAAGCUGUCCUGGAUCAGGAAAGCUCGUAUGUGUUUCGAUGCAGCACAAGGACUCUAUCGACUACACAAUACAGAAGAAAAAUCUAAGGUGCACGGGUGCAUCAACAGCAGCAAGUUCUUGGUGGCUGAAGGCUACACCGUCAAGCUCGGAGGUUUUGAGCUGGCAAAAACAGAGACGUCUCUGGAAAAGGUGAAGAAAUCUACAAAUGACGACGCAAUCAGGUCCCUGUGCUACUACUCUCCCGAGAGGCUCAACGACAUCAACCAUCCUUACAGCAAAGAGUGUGAGAUGUACAGCUUUGGAAUCGUCCUGUGGGAAGUCGCAACCCGUAAGAAACCCUUUGAAGGUUUUUCAGAUGGAGAAAUUUAUAAGAAGGUGUUUGAAGAGAAGUGCAAGGAGCCGCUUCCCGAUGACUGUCCUGCAGAACUAAGGCAGCUAAUAAACGAGUGCCGAGACUUUGAUAGCUUCCAGAGGCCUUCAGCUGGAGUACUGGUGGAUAGGCUGCGCAGUGUGGUGGCACAGUUAGAGGACCAAUGAAACUCUUCAUCUGCCUUUCUGCUGGCCAGGCUCAUCCUCAGGGGAGGAAAUGCAGCUUUGAAUAAAACUGGACUUUAACUUGUGGGCCACUAAAUUGUAUUUAUAU